AUGUCCGGCAGGAUUGUCGUCAUUGGGGCCGGGUUCGCAGGUGUCUGGAGUGCCCUUUCUGCCAAAUGUCUCAUCAACGUCCACAGCCAGACUGAAGCAUUCAAAGUCAAUGUCAUAGCUCCACAGCCAUAUUUUGCAUCCGGCAUCAAGUUCAUCCAUGGCAACAUCGAUGACAUCGAUGUCCAAUCCCCUACAGUCUCUUAUAGGUCCAGCACAGGCACAGAGCAUCUUACCACAUAUGACCGUCUAAUUCUUACCGCUGGAAGCUCGGUCAUACGCCCAGAGCAAGUCUCUGGACUUGCGCAGCAUGCGCGUGAUGUAGACUCGCUAGAAGGCGCAAUCAAGCUCGAAACGCACCUCAACAGCCUUGGCGCCUACCCACCCACUUCCUGUAACUGUUUUCUUGAUCUUGGCGCAUGGGGUGCCGUUAUUACGGGUGGCUGGGAAAGAAAAGUGCGUGCGACUGACAGGGAGCUGGCGAAGCAGGCUAAGAUGUAA